AUGUCUAGAACCUCCAGUGAAAUCGAUGUGCAAGGAAGUAUUCGAUCUGAUACAUCCUACGAUGAAGAGGAACAAAAAACAGUUGUGGAUGUCCUUACCCAUUGUCAGGUUAUAUAUGAUGCCAUUCAAAACCUGGAUAAGAAGUUUGAUAUCAUUCACAGGAAGGUGUUGAAAAUCAAGCGUUUACAUACAAAAUACCUUUGGCACUAUCGUAAGCCUCUGGGAUUUGCAUGCAAAAAUAGCUACCUGGUUUCUAAAAAAACUAAAGCCCAGAAAGCGAAGAAAAGGGAGCGUCACAGUUCAUUCUCUUGUGAAAGUUACAGCUCGACUUUACCAGUUCACAGGUCUGAAAAUGAUAAUGAAAGCAACAUUAUGAUGACCUCUUUUCAUUCCGAUGAUCCCCAGUCAGUUAUGCAGGAGUCUCUGUGCAGGGAGCAGGAGUCGCCAGUCCUGAGAAGCAGUCCUUCGAUUCCACACUGCUCUGGUUGCUCAUACCAGACGUACUUGAGAUCUGAUGAUGGUGUGCCUGGCUCUUCUACACUGGCCUGCUUUGCCAGCUCUGAGAUUCCCAUCACUUCUGAAUCUUCUGCAGUGACUUCUUCACCUUCACUGACCCAAAGAGAGCCCAUUUCUGAAAUAAAGAAUGACUCCAUGUUAUCUCUAUGCAUCCCAACUGGUUUUGCUGCAAGUUCACCAUUGGAAGCUGGCCCUGUUCCCCUGAAACAAGAAGCCCUGGAGGACGCUUCGACUUGGUCAGUGGAUGACGUUAUCCUUUUCCUGAAGCGUGCAGACCCUCAGAUGUCAGGCUCCCUCACCAACCUCAUGAAACAACAUGAAAUUGAUGGGAAGGCCCUACUACUUCUCAAUACUGACAUGGUGAUGAAGUACAUGGGGUUGAAGCUGGGAACAGCCUUGAAGCUGUGUCACUACAUUGAAAAGCUUAAGGAAGAAAAAUGCCUCAAGAAUUGA